AGUGUAACAUUGCAGUCUUUAAUGGCGAUCUCUCUCUCUCUCUCUCUCUCUCUCUUCCUUUCCAUUCACUAUAAACUUGUAAGCUCACCAUUGUUUUCUUUUCAUCCGUAUCCAAACUUCUCAUUCUUGGUGGUCUACUACUCUAAGCAGAAGCAGAAGCAGCAGCCAAGAUGAGUGUAGUUCGUUGCAUUGCGGCAGCAGCCGUUCUAGUUUGUUGUCUUGUUAACUACGUAGCAGUAGUAGUUGUUGCUGAUGUUGAUGGGGUUGUGCAGGGUGAUAAGCACUUCUUUGGUCCGUUUAGACAUCGGCAUGGAUUUGGGAAAGGUGGUGGGUUAGGAGGAGGUUUUGGUGGUGGUGCUGGAGGAGGACUUGGAGGAGGAGCUGGUGGUGGGCUUGGUCAUCAUGGGGGUAUUGGUGGUGGUGCAGGGGGAGGUGGUGGCAUUGGAGGAGGUGGUGGACUUGGUCAUCAUGGGGGCAUUGGUGGUGGUGCAGGAGGUGGUGGUGGUGCAGGGGGAGGUGGAGGACUUGGUCAUCAUGGCGGCAUUGGCGGUGGUGCAGGAGGAGGAGGUGGUCUAGGUGGUGGCUCUGGUGGAGGAGGUGGGCUUGGAGGCGGUGCUGGUGGAGGAGGUGGGCUUGGACACCAUGGUGGCAUUGGUGGAGGUGCAGGGGGUGGACUGGGUGGAGGUGCAGGUGGUGGAUUGGGUGGAGGUGCAGGUGGUGGAGCUGGUGGUGGACUGGGUGGAGGAGCUGGUGGUGGAUUGGGUGGAGGUGCAGGUGGUGGUGCAGGUGGUGGAGCGGGUGGUGGACUGGGUGGAGGUGCUGGUGGUGGGUUAGGUGGAGGAGGUGGGCUUGGUCAUCAUGGCGGCAUUGGUGGUGGUGCUGGUGGAGGUGGAGGAGGAGGUUUGGGUGGUGGUGCUGGUGCCGGAGGUGGUUUUGGUGCUGGUGGAGGAGCAGGAGCAGGAGCAGGAGCUGGAGGAGGUCUUGGUGGUGGUGCCGGAGGAGGUGGAGGGUUCGGUGGUGGUGGAGGUGGUGGAGUUGGUGCAGGAGGAGGAUUUGGAGCGGGAGGUGGACUUGGCGUAGGUGCAGGUGUUGGCGCAGGUGGUGGUGGUGGAUUUGGCGGAGGUGGUGGAGUUGGUGCAGGAGGAGGAUUUGGAGCGGGAGGUGGACUUGGCGUAGGUGCAGGUGUUGGCGCAGCUGGUGGUGGUUUCGGUGCCGGAUUUGGUGGCGGAGCCAGUAUUGGUAUCGGUGCAGAGGACGGUGGUCACUGACGCUAC